AAAUCAGCAGAAGGGAAAAUAUACUGAAUUUUAUCCUCUUCGGUGGCAUCAAAGUAUAUAAAAUAAAUUUUCAUCAAAUUGAUAUAAUUUUCAAUUGAACUUUUGUUUUUAAAUUACACAAAGAUAUUUUGGUUUAAGGGAAUUAAUUUUCCUUAAUUAAAAGCAAACAUGAGUGUCGAUGUGUCGGGAGAAAAUGCACCAGCCCAAAAUGGGGGCACUGCUGAGGUACAAGUGAAUGGAGUGAGCAAUGGUCAUAGUAAUGGCCAUAUAAGCAGUAGCAGCAGCAAAUCCCAUAAAUCAUCAAGCAAGGAUAAACAUCGUGACAAGGACAGAGAUCAUAAGAGUUCUUCGUCAAGCAGUCAUAAGAGUAGCAGUCGCGAUAAAGAAAAGCAUAGCUCUUCAUCAUCAUCCAGCAGCAAGGAUAAACAUCGUGACAAGGAUCGUGAUGACAAACAUAAGAGUUCUUCAUCGAGCAGUUCCAGCAGUCAUCGUGACAAGGAUAGGGAACGUAGCGACAAAGACAAACAUAAAUCAUCUUCGUCGUCGUCAUCUUCAAGUCACAAAAGUUCUUCGAAGGACAAGGAACGCCGAGAUAAGGACAGAGAUCGUAAAGAAGGCUCUAGUAGUAGUAGUUCUAGCAAAGAUAAAGAUCGCAGUGACAGAGACAAAGACAAGGAUCGUCAUCAUAAAUCAAGUUCAUCCAGUUCUUCCAGUUCUCGUGACAAAGACCGUGAAAAGGAUCGUCAUCGUUCAUCGUCCUCGUCGAAACAUAAACAUUCCAGUUCUUCUUCGAAAUCGUCAUCAUCGUCGUCCCGCAAAGAUGGUGAAUUUAUCAAGCCUGAACCUUUGUCUCAACCUUCUAAUCACUCGCAAGAGAAUGGUUUCAAUGGCGAUGUUUUAUCGCAUGAUAUUAAACAGGAGCAGUUUACACAAGAUCCUCUAGAGACUAGCAGCAAUGGUCUCAAUCAAACCUUUGAGGAUAAUAACAAAAGAGAAGACGAAAGAAGUUUUAAUGUAUCGCAAGCCAGUUCUUGUGACUAUUCCAUGUCCCAGUUCCGCGAAGAUGAGCCACCGUUUAUAGCCAAAGAAGAAACCAGCUAUAAAGAGGAAAGCUCUAUGAAGUAUGAAGACGAAGAAUCACCAGACGAAGAAUUUAAACCCGAAGAAGAGGAGGAAGACGAAGAUAUGCCAUUGGCCAUGCGCAAAACUAAAUCGGAGACUCCUCAAGAACAAAUGGAUGAGGACGAUGAUGAUGAGGAAGACAUACCCUUAGCCAAACGUAAAAUGAAGAUUGAAGAGGAUGAUGAAGACGAUGAUGAAGAUGUACCAUUAUUGGCUCGUAAGAAACCGAAAAAAGAAUCCAAAUCAAAAUCAAAGGACAAGAAAAAGAAACGUGCCAAGGAGGAAGAGGAGGAGGAUGAUUAUGCUGACGAAAAGCCCAAAAAGAAAAAAAAGAAGGAGAAUAAAGCAGUAAAAACAGAAACUGUAUCCCCGACCAAGCGGGUUAAGAAAGAGAAGAAAGACGAAGAGGAAGAUGAAGUUUGGAGAUGGUGGGAAGAGGAAAAGCGUGAAGAUGGUGUUAAGUGGAAUUCUUUGGAACAUAAAGGUCCAGUUUUUGCUCCCCCCUAUGAGCGUGUGCCCAAGAAUGUACGCUUUUUCUACAAUGGCAAACCCAUGCAGUUGUCGGAGGAAACCGAGGAGUGCGCCACAUUCUAUUCGAAGAUGUUGAACCAUGACUACUGCACGAAACAGAUUUUCAACGACAACUUCUUCAAGGAUUUCCGCAAGACUAUGACUAAGGAAGAAAAGGAGAUCAUUAAAGAUUUCAACAAGUGUAAUUUUGAAGAAAUGCAUCAAUUCUUCUUGGCCGAAUCGGAAAAACGUAAGAAUGCCUCUAAAGAAGAAAAACUUGCCAAGAAAAUGGAAAAUGAAGCCCUGAUUAAAGAAUAUGGUACCUGUAUUAUUGAUGGGCACAAAGAGAAGAUUGGUAAUUUCCGUUUGGAACCGCCGGGCCUUUUUAGAGGUCGUGGCGAACAUCCCAAAAUGGGUAUGAUUAAAAGACGUAUACGUGCUGAAGAUGUAUCCAUUAAUUGUGGCAAAGACUCAAAAAUACCCCCACCACCACCAGGACAUCGCUGGAAGGAAGUCGUACACAAUAACACGGUCACUUGGUUGGCCUCGUGGGUUGAAAAUGUCCAAGGUCAAGUUAAAUACAUCAUGUUGAAUCCUUCGUCCAAGCUAAAGGGUGAAAAAGAUCAUGUCAAAUAUGAAACUGCUCGCAAAUUGGCCAAAUCCAUUGAUAAAAUUCGAAAUACAUAUCGCAACGAAUGGAAAUCGAAAGAAAUGCGCGUACGUCAGCGUGCCGUUGCUCUCUAUUUCAUUGAUAAAUUGGCCCUAAGAGCUGGCAACGAAAAAGAUGAGGAUCAAGCUGAUACCGUUGGUUGCUGUUCGUUGCGUGUCGAACACGUUAAACUGCACAAACAGUUGGACGGCAAAGAAAACGUUGUUGUAUUCGAUUUCCUGGGUAAGGAUUCCAUACGUUACUACAAUGAGGUAGAGGUGGAAAAGAGAGUAUUUAAAAACUUGGAAUUGUUUAUGGAAAACAAAAAAACCGGUGAUGAUCUAUUCGAUCGUUUGAACACACAAGUUCUUAAUGAACAUUUGAAAGAGUUGAUGGAAGGUCUCACUGCCAAAGUGUUCCGUACCUAUAACGCUUCAAUUACAUUACAAAAUCAAUUAAAUCUUUUGACUAAGGAUCAUAUGACAGUACCCGAAAAACUUUUAGCCUACAAUAGAGCCAAUCGUGCGGUAGCCAUUCUGUGUAACCAUCAACGUUCAGUACCCAAAAGUCAUGAAAAAUCUAUGGAAAAUCUCAAAGAGAAAAUACGACAAAAGCGUGAAGCCAUCGAUGAUUGUGAAGCUGAAUAUGAUGAACUUAGAAGGCAACGCGGUUCAGUUAGGGAUCGCAUCAAUGCCGACAAAAAGGCCAAACAAUUGGAGCGUUUAAAAGACCAAUUGAAGAAAAUGGAAUUACAGGAGACUGAUAGGGAUGAAAACAAAACCAUUGCUUUGGGCACCUCCAAGUUGAAUUAUUUGGAUCCACGUAUUUCUGUGGCUUGGUGCAAAAAACAUAAUGUACCAAUUGAAAAGAUUUUCAAUAAAACUCAAAGAACCAAAUUUUUGUGGGCUAUACACAUGGCUGAUGAAAAUUAUGUAUUCUAAAUGCCACACCACAACAAAAAUUAAAUUAGUAUUAGGUACUAAAAACAUCCACAAAGAAGCCCACCCAAAAUUCGAAGAGACAGAAGAACAGAACAACACACUAAACUAGUAUAAUAACCAAUCUUCACUUACCACCCUUCUUAUUAUUGAGUUUUCAUCAAUAUUCAUGCACACAGUUGGUUUUUGUUUUUUACAUAUAGUACAUAACUACUAAAAUAUCAUAUAGUAAUUCAUAGAAUUAAAAAAAUGAGAAAGAAAAACAAAACUGAGAAAGUAAUUUAGUGUUCAACAUUAAACAAAAAAAAAACUAGCUUAAACAACUAAAAAACAUUAAUUACUAAAACACAUAACAAACACAACAGUAAAACAUAUUUCAAAUUUAAAUAUGUAUGUUUAUAACCAACUCAACUUUCAUAAUUAAUUAUUGACAUAAUUUUAAUAUUAUUUUUACAAAAUAAUUUUAAAAUUUUUAAUUAUACAUAUGUACAUGCAUACAUAAAUAAACAUUAUUAUGUAUAUUAUUUUAGUAAAAUUAAACUGUUUUUACGUGCUUCUCUACCCAAUCAACCAACAUCUUACAGGAACAGUCUAAAAAAAUCAAACAAUUUUAUGGCGAACAUAAAAUUUCAUUAUUAAUUUUAGUUGUAUAUGUGUACACAAUAUACAUACAUACAAACAUAUUUGCAAUUAGUUUAAUUUAUAACAAAUUAUUUUCCUAUUUAAGAAUAUAAAUAAAUAAAUAUUUAUAAAAUACUGCAUAUGAAUGCGAGAUCUUAAAUUAUGUCAUACAUAAUACCAAGAUCUAAUAAUAAUAAUAACCUUAACACACAUACGUGCAAAUGUUUAAAUCUAUAAGUUACAAAAUAAUUUUGUAUUUAAAAACAAACAAACAAAUUUGUAUUACAAUUUAUUUUACUUUCAAAAGAAAUCCAUCCUCCUAUCCUAAUUAAUACCUUCACUAAAUGGAAACUUGUUUUUAUAAAUUUAAUUCAUUUGUUUCUUUAAUUUAAUUGUUUAAUAAUAAUUUAAUUAAUUAUUUUCUUUUAAUACAAAUAUUGUUUUAUUUUCAUUUAAUGCAUUUCUCUCUCUCUCUCUCUUGACUUUAUAGAGUAUUUCUUAAUUAUCGUUUUAAUUUAAAAAUAAAAGUGUGCAAUCUAUAAUUAUAACAUCAUUUUGCCUCAUAAUAAAAUUUAUAUUAUAAUUUAUUUUCUUACAUAAAAUUUAAAAAAUGUCUAUAUUACUAAUUAAAGUUUUUAAUUUAAUCUUGUCCACUCCUAAAUAUUAAUAUCACUUUGACAUUUACAAAAACAAUUAUCGCAUCAAUCCAUUCAUAUUGAUAAUUGUUGAAGAAUAAAACGAAAACUAUUUGUAGUGUAAUAAUAUAAAAUGGUCUUAAUAAUAAAUCAACAAGCUAAAAGAUAAAAACCUUUUAGAAUAUAGAAAAUGAAUAAAAUAAACAUAAUUCUUAAGUGAUAAUUUAGUACAGAAAUCAUAUACAUACAUAAACAUUGGAUUAAUUGAAUUGAAAAUAAAAACUUAUUUCAAACAAAUUAAAAAAAA